GGCGUUGGUUUUUGACCACUUCAUGGGAUGCUUUUCAUUAACGAAAGAACAAGGUAGCCAAAUUGACCCAGCAGGAACACCAAACAAACCUUCGUAUGUAACAACGCAGGGUUCUUAGUGUCUGCUCUAGCCAUUUACCAGUCACAGAAGCAGACAGUGAAAAUAAAUGUAUCAAGGUCUCAGCAGGAUCAGAACAAUAAUAUUGGAAACUAUUGCGAUUUCACGAGACUUAUUUCUAAAGGGUUUUUUUUUUUUGGCUCAAGUCUUUCAUAAAAUCCUUCGAAUCAUUACUUAGGGUUGUAAAGCCUCUUGUUCGUUUUUUUACACUUUUCUGUAGGGAUCGUACUAAACUGAAGGACUAUCGGAAAUAAUAAAAAGCUCAAGCAACUAUAUGAACUGAAAACAGAGUUGGGAAAUAAUUAUUGACACGAAUGAGUUCCUAGAUGAAAUAACCGGCAGAUAAAGCAAAAAUAUAUUUAUAAGAGGACCACAGGAUAAAAGUGAUUCGUGAAUUUCCUGUCGGUUUUUGCUAUUUUACAUAAUUUACGAUUUUCAAUGAGCUUUAAUAACUGACCUGAACAUAUCAAUACCUUUUGAAGCAAAUAUUAAAACCGCACAACAAAAGAUUAAAAUAUUUAAAAUGUAGUAGAAAAAUUAUGCACCUUUUUCUGAACUCUUGAUUAGAAUGUAUUUAAAUAUUGUAGGAGACUCCAAAAAUAAUUUUCAAAGCAAUAGGAAAGUAGUGGAAGCCAAUGCUGUCAUUAGGAUCCCACUCCCUGCUUUUAUUUAGUUCUUUGCAACUUAAGAUGCAGUCGAAUUAUAUUAAUGCUUAUUCCCCUGUUCGAAAAGCUUCCCAUGGUCUCAAUAGAUCUCUCUCUCUCUCACUCACUGUUUCAUUUUUUCAUCUUUUCGCUCAAGUAAGGGCAGAAUGCGGGCAAAAGCUUCAGAUGCUAUCGAGCAUGCUCAGAAUACAUUUCCGUUCGGGGCAAGCAUCGCACAGAGCAUGAUUGCUCGAAAUGUAACCGAUGGCGCCUCCUUUGCAAAGAGGCAAAAUUAGGGCCUUUAUGGAAGAAGGAUUAGUAGUUUCUUGGGUUCAAGGCGCGGAUUCUAACAUUCACAAGAAACUAAAGCUGAACAGUGGAGAUGAAUCUUUUUUACUGCAGGACUAUUGGCAGGUAGGAGAUAGAGACAAUGGAGGAUGGUUUUCUGUUGAUCAGCUGGGAGAAAGAAGAGUAAGCACUGCACAUCUGAGGAUGUUCUUUCUAUUCAUGGCCUGCAGGACUGAAGACAAUUAGCUUUCCUGGGAACAUGGCUUUCAGAAAUGUGAACAGAAAGAGACAUAUUGGUCUGCAACAACUUUCAGCUUUGGCUUCCACUGGACGGACACUUUUAGGACCCAUGAAAUUGUCCAAAUUUAUAAUUGAUGAAAAUAUUCCUGGUGGUGUGUUGAUUUCUUCUCCACUAAGACUUCUUGAAAACAUGGACUUAAACAGUGCUGUUGGGCAGCUUCUUAAUGAAGCCAUCCAAGCACAGAACAAAGAUUAUAAAACAGGGAUGACCACUCUGCUCUUUCUCGUUGGUGCAUGGAGCAAUGCUGUACUUGAGUGCCUUCAACAUGAUGUUCCACUUUCACUCAUAGUAGCUAUAAUGUCUGAAGGUCUGGAUUCUUGCAUUGAACAAGUGCAGUCUAUUACAUUAUCACUACACAAUAUACAGCAAAAGCUAAAGGAUAUUCCUAUAGAAUGCGAUGACUUGAGCCUUAUCAACAGUAGCUGCAGCCCCUCUGGAAGGCAGUUCACAGACAUUAAGAUAACAGGUAGCAAGUAUGGCACUAGUAUUUUAAAUCUGCUUAAAAAUGAACUAUCAGAAGAAAAAUCAGAAGAUCAUAUGAUCGAGCAAACAAAUGAUAUCAAUCCAGGCACCCCCAUCAUCAACAGUACGAAAUGUUUACUAUCUGAGUCAAUGAGCAGCAAUUUUGUUUUCAGUGUUUGCAAGACAAUGAUUCAGAAAAACUCUGAUUUGCAUAAUUGUCAUUUGGAUGUAUUGACUUAUAACACAAGAUCAAAAUUAACCCACAGUAGAUACUUUAGCUAUGUAAAUAAAUGUCCAUCAGCACAACGAACAAUACAUCUGGAUGGAUGCCCAAAACCUUUUGACAAGUUCAGUUGUUUGGGACAACUAGCAUUUUCUCUUAGCCAUGGAAAUGAAUCUGCAACAAAACUGAUACAGGACAUUCUCAGAUGCCAGCUUCCGGGUGCCAAUCAAAAAACUGAUACCUGUCCUUUCCAAUUUAAUAUUUCAGAAAUUGUGACAUGCUCUUUAUCAGGAAUAUCUGAAAGUCAUUCAUGUGUUUACCCUGGCUUUAUUACGCUUGUAUGUCCAGCAAAAGCUGCUUCUAUGAAGCAAUUUCAGGAUAUGCCUAUUCGUGUUAUCCUUAUAGAUGGUGAUCUAACUGAAACUUGUCACCAUUUAGGGUUUAACAGGUUAGAGAAUAUGAGCAUAUUUUCAGAAAAUAUGUCUCAUUCAAAGGAAAGCUCAAGCUUAUGGGUUGAUUCUGUAAUAGACCUUCUGAUUCAGUCUAAUAUUAAUUUAAUUUUGGUACAUGGUGACACGUGUGAAAUUCUAGAAGAAAAAUGUCUCCUACAUAAAAUAGUGAUAAUUAAUCAUGUGGACCAUAAUGUUUUGAUAGCUUUUAGUAAUAUUAUGAGAGCUGAGAUAGUGACUUAUAUCAGUCAAGUGAAUGAGGAUUGCAUUGUCAAAGGCAUAUGUGUGAAUCUCUAUGGAACUCUGGAAUUAAAUUUGGUGGAGGUCAAUGGCCAAAUCCCACUUGCUUUAACAGCAGAAGGAUUUCGAUUGGUAACAGUUGUGCUCUGUUGCCCUUUUAUGUCAAAGAUGCAAGCCAUGGAAGAUCAGUUUUGGACUUGUGCAUAUCGUCUGCAUCAUGCACUUCUUGAUCAGGCUGUUUUUCCAGGAGGUGGUGCAGUUGAGCUCCUAUGCCUCGGUUUUCUUGAAAAACUGGAAAAAACAAUUCAAAACUCUACAAGCCAGCUUCAUUUUGCCUCUUCCUGGUUUACAAAAUCUUCAGAACAAUAUAAAUCGUUGGUACUUAGUGUUUUGGCAAGUGGUUGGCGCCAGUACCUUUUUGCUGUCAUGGGUAAUAUAGCAAAUUGUACAUCAGAGUUUGAAACCAGCACUGUCAUACAGCAGCAUCUCAGAAGAGCAGCCAUGUUUGGUUCACCAUCAGCCUACAUCUUGGAGGAAUUUAGGAAGGGAAAGAUAGGAGUAACUUUGAAAGUGUGUGACAAUAUUACUGCUAAGAUAGAAGCUUGGCGCAGAGCUCUACAAUUGGUGCUCUUGGUCCUUCAGACUGAUGCUGAAAUUAUUGCAGGCCCAAAGAAGGAUGAAUUGUUGAAAUCACAAGACUCAGGCGACUUCCUGUUUUUAUAGCACUCUGUUGCUGUUAAUGGUUAAUUAACACUAUUAAUAGCUAUUAAUAGUAUUUGUGGGCAAAAUCAGGAGCAAAAAUAUCUCUGGAAAUACAAUCCAGAAUUAUGGAACCUUUGUUUCAUAAAACAAAGUUUACCCCUUUAAUUCUAUGAAAAUUUUGUCUUAUCAAACAGAAAUAUUAAAGAGCUCAACAGCAUAGAAAAUGUACUUUUAAAAGCAAUGUUUGUAUCAACGUGUUCAUUAAAUUUGUUUUAAUGCUUUUUGAGCAUUUACAUUUAGAGUGUAAAAUAAGGUUUUUAAAAUGGUUAUAUGUACAGAAUAUGUGUGAGCAAUAAGCUCUGAAAAGUAAUAUUUUAAAUAUCAGAAAUUACACUUCAUUUUUUUCUGUU